GUUAGGCUUCUCCCUCUCCCCUUCCACCGUGGCUCCGCCUUGCCCCGCCCUCCCGUUAAUCGACUACGGCGGUGGAAGUGACUUCAAUUCUAUAAUGGAAGCCAUCAAUAGGCCUAAUGAUCAACCACAAGGUGUGGAUUUCACAACAAUGGGGACCCAUAACUAUGAAGGGUGUGACAGAGAAGGAAUGGCUCUCACCUUACAUACAUUGUACACUCAAGAUCAAGGCUUCCUCAUCAACAACAAACUACCAAUGGCUGAAGCCAAUUGGGAUUCAAGAAAUAUGUAUGGCGAUGAUCUGCACACGCUGAGCCUAUCGAUGGCCCCGGUAGCUAAACCGGUCGGUUCGGGCCAAAUUUCAACCUGCAUUGCGGCCGAGAGCAAGAAAAGGGGCCUUGAAAAGGCUCAUCAGAAGCAGAUUGUCCAUCGAAAGUCGAUCGACACAUUCGGGCAGAGGACCUCUCAGUACAGAGGUGUCACUCGGCAUAGGUGGACAGGGAGAUAUGAGGCUCAUUUGUGGGACAAUAGUUGUAAGAAAGAAGGGCAGAGCAGAAAAGGGAGACAAGUUUAUUUAGGGGGUUAUGAUGUGGAAGAAAAGGCAGCAAGGGCUUAUGAUCUUGCAGCAAUCAAGUAUUGGGGACCUUCCACACAUAUCAAUUUUCCGUUGGAAAAUUAUCAACAAGAAGUCCAUGACAUGAAGAACAUGAGCAGACAAGAAUAUGUUGCUCAUUUAAGAAGGAGGAGCAGUGGUUUCUCUAGGGGCGCUUCUAUAUACAGAGGAGUGACAAGGCAUCAUCAGCACGGCCGUUGGCAAGCGCGGAUUGGCCGAGGCGGGAACAAGGAUCUUUAUCUCGAACAUUCGGUGAGCACCCAAGAGGAAGCUGCUGAGGCAUAUGAUGUGGCUGCCAUCAAAUUUAGGGGUACAAAUGCUGUGACCAACUUCGAUAUAUCACAAUAUGACGUGGAGCGAAUCAUGGAGAGCGACAGCCUUCUACCGGGGAGAUCGCAAGGCCAAAAAGAGACACGACCGUGGUCUAUGCUGGUCAAGAGUCACUACACCAACUAG